CACUGUCCUGUGACAGCGCUUUGAACAGCCAAACCUGUUCGGGUAGGGCUAGCUUACGUGUCAUUCGAAACUGAAGUGCGUUAGUAGGAUAUAAAAUAAAUAGAGUUGAUGAACUUUGUGAGGUAUUUGACCGCCUACAGAUUGCCCUACCUGCAGACACAAAGGACUCGAAUGCUUGGAUUGAUGAUCUCAACCUACCCCGACCCAAAAUGAAAGCUCUGAUCCUGGUUGGAGGUUACGGCACCAGGCUUCGGCCUCUCACCCUGUCCGUGCCCAAGCCCCUGGUGGACUUCUGUAACAAACCCAUCCUCCUUCAUCAGGUGGAGGCGCUAGUCAAGGCCGGAGUGGACCAUGUUAUCCUGGCUGUAAGCUACAUGUCUGAUCUGCUGGAGAGAGAGAUGAGGAUUCAGGAAGAAAGGCUUGGCAUCCGAAUCUCCUUGUCUCAUGAGAAGGAACCGCUGGGAACAGCCGGCCCCCUGGCCCUCGCCAGAGAGCUGCUGACAGACGACGACGAGGCAUUCUUUGUGCUCAACAGCGACGUCAUCUGCGACUUCCCCUUCGAGGACAUGCUGAAGUUCCACAAGCACCACGGCAGGGAGGGCACCAUCGUGGUGACCAGGGUGGAGGAGCCCUCCAAGUACGGCGUGGUGGUGUACGAGGCCGAGAGCGGACGCAUCCACCGCUUCGUGGAGAAACCCCAGGUGUUCGUCUCCAACAAGAUCAAUGCUGGCAUGUACAUCUUCAGCCCCUCCAUGCUCUCUAGGAUCCAGCUCCAACCCACCUCCAUAGAGAAGGAGAUCUUUCCCCUCAUGGCCGCGGAGAGACAUCUGUACGCUAUGGAGCUUCAAGGGUUCUGGAUGGAUAUCGGUCAGCCCAAGGACUUCCUGACAGGCAUGUGCAUGUACCUGCAGUCGGUACGGCAACAUGCACCUGAGCGUCUACGCACCGGGCCUGGCUUCCUGGGGAACGUUCUGGUGGAUCCUACAACCCAGAUCGGGGAGAACUGCACCAUCGGGCCCAACGUGACGCUCGGCGCUGACGUGGUGCUGGAGGACGGGGUGAGGAUAAAGCGCUGCACUGUCCUGAAGGGGGCACGGGUCCGAUCCCACUCCUGGCUGGAGUCCUGCAUUGUGGGAUGGAGCUCCUCUGUGGGGCAGUGGGUGCGCAUGGAGAACGUGACCGUUCUAGGCGAAGACGUGAUCGUCAACGACGAGCUCUACCUCAACGGGGCCAACGUCCUUCCUCACAAGUCCAUCAACGACUCUGUGCCCGAGCCACGCAUCAUCAUGUAGCUGCGACGCAUCUUCAUCCUCAUCUCUGUCACGGUCCGCGACCUCCACAGACCCGCAGGAGGGAGGCUCAGGGUCG